GUCUGCUAUCGAGCACGCUGCGGAGAAGAACAACAGGCAAAGCGAUGAAGGACGUGAAGAAAAUCGUAUUUUACGUGCUCAGUGUGCUACUUGGGGUAUGCGCUUUUAUAGAAGUAACCAUCGCAGCAAUGAUUUACUAUAAAACCUAUUCAUCGGGAAUACAUCAAUUUAUUGGCUAUGGUUCGUCUGGAUCCGCAAUGAUUUGGCUGAUGACCUCAGGCAGUUUGGUGGUUCUUUGCUCAGCAUUGGGAAUUUACGGUGCCAUCAAUAAUAACAAGAGUUGUCUCAUUCUAUGCACUGUCUUGACCUUUGUCAAUUUUAUAAUUCAUUCAUUGGGGAUAAGCGCGGCCUUCAUUAGCGAUUUAAUCUUUGAAAGAGACGCAGUUGAGGAGCUGGAAUUUCGUCGGGGUCAAUACGUUUACCACAACACCACUGAUUUUAUUCCCUUCAUGAAUACGCUUCAGAGAACCUUUUCCUGCUGCGGAGUAAAAGAUGCGACGGAAUGGUUGCCCGACAUUCCUGCAUCGUGCUGUGCCGAGUACCUGCGCAAUGAUAACUGCACCGUAGCCCAAGCGUUUGACCGGAGUUGUGGCUCUUUGGCCUACGUGUCAUGGGACGACCGAGUUUUCGCUCUGCAAGUGGCGGCAUUAGCCUCAUUUAUUGCCACUUUUCAGCUAAUUUUCGGCGGUCUCACCAUUGCAAUCAUUCGGUCAACGGUGUCUUAUGCUAGGGCUGCUAGUAAUUAAUUGAAGAGGUCAUUUGAUGCAAUUGAAACCCUUUGAAUUUGUGUUUAAAUAAAUAUUUGAAACCUAAAAUG